GCUUGAAAGUGGGGGAGGGCCGAGAGAUCAAAAAGAUCGCGGGCAGCCGAAGCACGCCCCUACGAACCUCCCUAUUGACUCUGCCUCGUUUUUUCAGCAUCCUCCUCGUCGCCGCCGCCGUUGCGCUCGCCUCCUCCCUCUCCCGCCAUAUCGCCAUAACACCCACUUAGCAAUCGCUAUGAUUGCCAUUCAGAAACCAGUCAACGCUUUGUUUUCGACACCGCAGGCGUAUCGACCGACUCAUGGGCGACACCCCUCUGCUCCUGUCGUCGUUCGCCCUACUCAUACGCCAGGACUUCUGUCGCUCUCCAAACCUGCAAACGUUGCUUCGUCUCGCCCUCAGCUAGCUCAAGCACAGCCGAGGGCACACAAGUCGUCUACUCCGAAGAAGGCGAAUCGGCCCCCUCAAGCACCUCAAGCAACUCUGUCUGUUCAGGAGUCGAAGAAGUCGUCAGCCCCCAAGUCUGACAAGACACAGAUCACUUCUGCUUCACCUGAACGUUCAGCAAGGGGUCGCCAGAACAAGCCAGCCCCCAUUGAUAAUAAGGCUGACAAGAGGAGCACCUCUAAUUCUCCCCGUGCGCGGCGACAAUGCCAUCAACCGUCUCCCCCUCCACCCGCCAGCAUACCCCAGCAGAUCGACACUACUGCUCGCCCCUGUAACCCUCUCCGGGCUCAGUCGCUGAAUCAACGCCAGAGCGACUCCAACUCUUUUGACCCGUUCGUUGUAUCCUCACCGUCGGGCAAGCAGUCCCCCGAUUCUCCUGUCGCCAAGUCCUUGAAGCCGAUUACAUUCCGUACGCCUCCUGAACUUUCUCGUCCCUCAGGGAAGCUCGCUCGUCGUCGACAGAGCGGCCAGGUCAAUACAAGCCCUACACCUUCGAAGGCCGUCCCUGUUUCCCGCAUCAGAGAGAAGGUAGCUAGCCUGCCGCAGUUGGCUCGCUCAGAGCCAGCUACCACGGCGUCUACUCCUCGACGAGGAGGUUCUCGCUCUGUCAGCACUGGACCUGCACUCACCGUGAACUGGGACUCAUUCCCUAUUUGCGAUGACUCUGACGACGUUACACCUCCCUCUACGCCGAUCCGCGAGAGUGCGAGCGUCCCUCCCAAGAGGACUGGUGCGACAUGGCAGCAGCAAUCGUUGAUCUUCGACGAUGGUCCUCGGACUGCACCUUUGUCAGCCGCCCCUGGCUACCCAUUCGCCGACCGUGCUUCUUUGAACGCCACCCCGACGCCGUCCCAGCGUCGCCGUACUCACCGGCGUGUACCAAGUGAGGGCAUGUUUGCGAUGUCGACCGACGAGGAUUCUUCCUCCUCUGAUGCUUCGGCGGAACUCAAGUCUUUGGUCGGUCUCAUCCCCAAGCGACGUGCUCAGGCGGCUUCCACGCGCAGGACGCCUUCUCCUUCCACCCCUGAUGCUAACGCUCUCCCUGCUGGAUUCUAUGCGGGUUCUGUCUUCCAAAACUCACCCAGUCCUGAAGAGCUUCCCGUCCCUGCUUUUAUGGCAUGAUUGUAUUUGUAUGAUAUCAUAGAAUUCGUCAGGUGUACAGCUUAGAUUUAUUUUGGGUUCCCUAGAUGCUCAUAUUUACCGUCCACAUUUUGCUAAUACUCGGCACGAUUAAGCCGACGUCGACCACACACUUUCGUCAACUUCAAAACUCUCGGGUCGACCUCUCUCCAUUACACCCACAUGCGACACCUAUCAUGGUGCGCGUGGGGGCCCUUAAGAGUGUC